UCUUGCAGCAUCUCCUUGCUCAUAAUCAUGUCUUUGGAAGGAAUAAGAUGUCUAGUGACUGGUGCUGGUGGGUUCCUGGGUCAAAGGAUUGUUUGCCAGCUGCUGACAGAAAAGGAGAGUUUGGCCGAAGUCAGACUCUUGGACAAAACCAUCAGCGCUGAAGCACUCCAGGAUUUUAAAAAAGUGAGGAGUAACACCCUCUUGACAGUCCUACAAGGGGAUAUCCGGGAUGUGGUGUUUCUUGAAACUGCAGUCCAAGGAGUCUCGCUUGUCAUCCAUGCAGCUUGCAUCAUUGAUCCCCGUGGGUUCAUUGAUCGAAAGAUCCUCUGGGAUGUCAAUGUCAGGGGUACACAGCUGCUGCUGGAGGCCUGUCUCCGCAAUGAUGUCCAGUAUUUUAUUUAUACCAGCAGCCUUGAGGUGACAGGCCCGAACAACAGAGGAGAUCCCAUCUAUGAUGGUGAUGAAGACACCAUAUAUCAGAUGACCCAAGGCCAGCCCUAUGCUGAAACUAAACGAGAGGCAGAGAAAUGUGUCCUGCAGUUGGAUGGCUUGCCGCUCAAGGGGGGAAAUAGUUUUGUGACAUGUGCUUUGAGGUCCAUGUACAUCUAUGGAGAAGGCAGUUCUUUCCUUCUGGGUCACCUUGAUGAAAGCAUCCUGAACAAUAAUGUAUUUUUGAGGCUGUCUAGGAAAGAGGCAAUUGUAAAUCCUGUCUAUGUGGGAAAUAUUGCUUGGGCUCAUAUUCAAGUGGCUAAAGCCAUGAGAAACCCAACAAAAGUGAAACAGAUCCGAGGGCGUUUCUACUACAUCUCAGAUGAUUCUCCCCACACAAGCUAUUCCGACUUCAAUUAUGAGCUGACAAAGGAGUUGGGGUUUGGUAUUGAACCCAAACCUAUGAUGCCCGUCACACUUUUAUAUUAUUAUGCUCUGUUCCUGGAGAUUCUGAGCUUCUUGCUCAGACCUUUCUUCAGAUAUGUUCCUUCUAUUAAUCGUUUCCUUGUAAUCCUGCUAAACACCCCUUUCAGUUUUUCUUACAAGAAAGCACAAAGGGAUUUUAACUAUACUCCUCGCUACUCAUGGGAAGAAGCCAAGCAGCACACAAGUCAGUGGAUUGCUGACAUAACCCCCCUGAGGGCAGCAUACCUGAAAAGCAAGACUACCUGA